AUGGAGUUUCUCCCAUCAAAGGACAACCCAUCAGGCCCCAUUGAGAGUGUCCGCGUAAACUGGUACUACCGGCCGCGUGACAUCCAGCGCAAGACCAACGACCUCCGAGUCGUCUUUGCCUCCAUGCACUCAGACGCCUGUCCACUCACGUCGCUACGCGGCAAAUGUACCAUCAAGCACCGCACCGAAAUCGCAAACUGGGACCAGUACAUGAAGGCAAAGGACUGCUUCUGGUUCGAGCGCAUGUACGACCGCUACAUCCACCGGUACUAUGAUGUUAUUCCCACCAGCCAUGUCAUCAAUGUGCCCCAGCAUGUCAAGCAGGUUCUCGACGAGCGAUGGAAGUACGUCUUGGUCGAGAUUGGCCGCAGAAAGGAGCUUACCAGUGCAGUCAAGACAUGCAAAAAGUGCCAACAAUACGCUGCAAACAGAGCUCAGGAAAAGAAGCUCGAGGCCAGGAACACGCCCAUGGUGGGCGAGUCGCGCACAAACAAUGACACAGAGCCCGAGUUAGUCGAAGAGGAAGAAGAGGAGCAGCCCGCUGCCGAUGCAGACACAGCAGCUGCGACCCAGCGGAGCAGCCCGGCAAAUGAGCAGCAGCAGCAACAACAACAACAGCAGCAACAACAACAACAGCAGCAACAUGCGCUCAAGCCGGCGACAGCAGAGCAGAUCUCCCAGGCCAAACUAUGGCAGUUUCGCUAUCUGGGCAUCCAUUGCCGCGUGGAGGAUGCGCUUGACUACGACGAUCGCAUUUACCCCCGUGCCAGUUCUCGGUUGGGCAGCCGACAUCAGGCCAACGUCGUGCCUUGGUAUGGCCACCCGGUUGAGUACUUCAAACCCGCGGAGACAAAGAGAAAGUACGUCCGGUCGGGGCCCAAGAAGGAGGUCAAGUUGUCCAAGGAAGCCCUGGCCGCACAGGAGGCAGACCGUGCCGAGCGGGCGUCGCGCCCAAAGUGGGUACAGGAGGUGCCCCCUGGUUAUAUCGCCCGUGGCGAGGACGAGCCCAUCACCGUGGACGGGAAGAAGUUUCAUACAGCCGAACUCCAGUUUAAGAUGCCAGAUGCUUCACAGCUGUCGUCCGCCAGGGGAGAAGAUGAUGCGCCAGGCUCACAUCUCUCCGUCGAAGAGAGGGAAAAAUUCAUCGACGAAUAUAUGGACAAGGCCAAGGAAGUGGCCACUUCUAAAGGGAUCCCGGACUACUCCACAAACUACCUCGACAAAGCCCUGGCACUGCUGUACGAAGAGAACUUUAAUGUCGAGCCUGCUCUUGCCCGGCUCAAAGCACUGCAUAGAUACAACGACCUGAAGGAGCCAUACCUCAAACCCGAAGAGGUCAAGCUGUUCGAGGCUGGAGUAGCCAAGUACGGCUCUGAGCUGCGGAGUAUCACCAAACAUGUCGGCACCGUCAAGCACCGUCACAUCGUGCGGUUCUACUAUAUGUGGAAGAAGACCCCCAAGGGACGCCAGAUCUGGGGCAACUACGAGGACAGAAAGGGUAAGAAACUUGCCAAGAAGGCUGACAGUGCCGCAAAGCUGCUAGACGAUGUUGCCGACGACUACGACGACUCUGCGUUCGACAAUGACAAGGCCAUGGAGAAACGCAGAGGGUUCACCUGUAAAUUCUGCAAUACCCGUUCUUCUAAGCGCUGGAGACGAGCUCCCGCCGUUCCACCUGGCUUUACCGUGCCGGCCGAACAGUCUGGGAAGCGCGAAAAGGGCAACCGGCUGACCGUCUCCCUCUGUCAGCGUUGCGCCGUUCUUUGGCGAAAGUAUGGAAUUCAUUGGGAAGACCCUGAUGAGAUCGCGAAGCGCAUCUCGCAGGGUGGGAAUAAGUCGUGGCGUCGAAAGUAUGAUGAGGGAUUAUUGUCUCAGCUCCUUACCACCUCCGAGUCGGAUGUGAGGAUCAACCAGACCACCGCCACUAUAGCAGCUUCGAUCGGAGUACACGUUACUACAGAAGUGGUCAAGGAAACCGCAAGCAAUCCACCCGAACCCCAACAACAACAAAACCAACAUCAUCAACAUCAGCAGCCAGCCAAGAAGAAGACCAAGACAGCUGAUAAAGAUGCAAACGCUGCCAACGCCGUCAUGGCUGAUGCCCCUCCGCCUGCUCCUCCGCCGCCCCAACAACAGCAGCAGCAGCAGCAAACGUCAUCCAGGAAGAGGGCAGCUGAGAAGGCUGUGCAGGAAGCUCCUCCGCCACUGGCACCAGAACCACCUCGACCCAAAGUCCUGCCCUGUGCUGUGUGCAAAAAGAUGGAUCCCAUGGGCGACCAGCAUCUAUCCUGCCGAGACUGCCGCCUCACCGUCCACAGGGACUGCUAUGGAAUCGAUGCUUCUCGCCCAGCAGCAAAAUGGAUAUGCGACAUGUGCUCCAAUGACCGGAACCCGACUGUUUCCACAUCAUACGAAUGCGUUAUCUGUCCCGUCACCGAGACGGAGCACGAACUCAUGGAACCGCCCAAAACAACUCACAAGAAAAAAUCCGAACGAGAACGUGAAAAGGAGCGCCUGGAGCGCGAGAUGGUCAACGAAGCUAUCAAGCUCUAUCGCCAACGUCAAGAAGCAGCAGGUAAACCAGUGGGACCCCGAGAACCUCUUAAGCGCACCGCAGGUAACAAUUGGGUACAUGUCACCUGCGCCAUAUGGUUUCCCGAAAUCAAAUUCGGCAGUGCCAAAGACCUUGAGCCCGCAGAGGGUAUUGAGUCGAUACCGCAGGAAAGCUUCAAGGACCGAUGCAAGAUAUGCAAAACGGAAAAUGGCGCUUGUGUCUCGUGUCGGGCUUCAACGUGUAACGCGCGGUUUCAUGUUGGAUGUGCUCAUCAGGCAGGAUAUAACAUGGGGUUCGACAUCACACCGGUGAAGAGUAGUAGGAAAGACGUUGUUUCAACUGCGACCAUGGGCGAAGAAACGGGUGUUGUUGCACCAGCGAUAUGGUGUCCGCACCAUAAUGUGCAGACCAUAGUUCAUGAGAUGGGUGAAUCGAAGGGUUCGACGGAAGGGAAUGCCCUGCAAAUAUAUGCUAGGACGUUCAAGCAGGCUGAUCUUACGCUUACGGGGACAGCGAGGAAGGCGGCAUAUGUCCAGCACUCCUCGCCAUCUGCUGCUGGUAAGCGUGCGGCUGCGGCUGCGAUGACGAACGGUGUGGGACCAAGUACAGCGACGACGGCGAGUCCAGGACAGGGGCAACACCAGCAUGAUGAAGUUAAUGGUACAGGGGACGUCGAGCAGGGCAGUACCGGGCAGGGGAAGGACGACAUUCCGAAGAAAUGCUUCAGAUGCCAGUCUGUUGCUAGCCCGAAGUGGUGGCGCCGCGCGCAACCGCAUCAACCACCGCAUCAACAGCAGCCCGUCAAUGGUCUAGGACCACUGGAUCUGAUCAGAUGGCCUUCCUCGAUGCACCACACCAAUGAUACAAAUGGCGAUAUACCCGAGCGCAUCGUGUACGAGUGUCAUAAAUGCCAUCUCAAGAAACACCACACUCCACCUACCCUCACGCCUGUGCUUGCACCACUGCCACCAGUCUCUUAUGGCCCGCCUGACCGUGAUCGUGAAAUGGGCCAAGCUCGUCUCCCUGAGCUUCAUAGGAAUGGCUAUGCUUCUUCUCCUCACGCUCAACCUGUUCAAGCGCAUGGCCCUAGCCAUGUUCCCCCUCUUGCGCCCCUGACGCACCCCCACGGAGCUCCUGAAUGGCGACCUGGACCUGGACCUGCUCCUGCUCCAGGGCCGGAAUAUGAACAGCGACCACCGGCAGAAUAUUUACAUCGUAAAGGAAUAUCCCCUGCUCCUAAUGGUGUGCAGCUUGGUCCUCCUCCACCCCCACCACCUCCAUUCCAUCAGGGCCCUCCUCCCCCGCCACAUGCUCAGGGUAGAAUGAACGGGUAUCCUCCCCCUCCGCCCCCAGCCUUACCACAUCCUCAUCCACAUCACCAACAACAUCCGCAUCCGCACCCGCACCCGCAUCAUCAGCAUCAACACCAUCAGCAUCCGCACCAUCAACACGCACAUCAUCCACCGCCCUUCGCGAAUGGUGGUCCUCCGCCUCCUCCACCAUCCCUUCCACCGCCACACCAAUACCCCUAUGGGCCAAUUGCGCCCCACCCAUCCGGCGCAAACACACCAUACCCUGGCCCGGGUCCAGGCCCGUCUACACCUGGCACAGGCCCAGGCCCCGCUCCUGGCCCUGGCCCCAUGCACUUCUCCCCGCCACCACCUCCUUCACGCACACCCCUUCCGGGCUCUCAUCCACCCCGAAUGUUCCCUAUCGACAGGCCCGUUCAACCAAAACCAAAUCUCUCUUCUCCCUCCGCCGCACGAAGAAGUUUGGACCCCCACCAGCCGCAACCACCUCAGUCUCAGAGUCAAGCUGACCCCUCGCCCACGGCAGGCCCGACUGCUACUCCAUCACGACCACGAUCAGAGAGUAUGGGUCGUCAAGGUUCCAUGGGCAGUAUGCAACCGCAAUCAGCGCCGACAUCUGGUUCAGCAGCAAGUGCGAGUCCAUCAUUGAAAAACUUACUUCUUUAA